CUUUAUAGAAGAACACAUAUUCUUUUGGGGAGAAAGCAUCGACAAUGAAAUGCACACUCAUCUCUUUCAUUUUGAGCCUGUCAAUAGCUAGAGUAUACAGUAACACGACUGUGACUAUCUAUCCUCAGUGGCUAGCAAAGGGGGGUAAUGUUCGCUAUGAGCGUGACAGAUGGAGCAAGCACAAUGGUCUGGAACAGGAAUACCUGAUACCAAGUUGUCGGAGCAUUCGGACUGACAGUGGGCGCUGGAUGAACAGAGAUCUAAAUGAUCGUCUGUUCCAAGAUUGGCCAGAGGACCCAAACCGUAGCGGCUACCCUGAUCCCAGCUACCUUAAGAACGUCACCAAGCAACAAGAACUGUUCUCAGACUACCUUGCCAAUAUUAACAGUGGUUAUAAGAAUGAAAUGAUCAUGGUGGCGAAAGGUGUUUUCUGGCCGAAAUGGAUGAAUCAGUCCCAACAUGAAGGCCAGUUCCCCAACAAUAUCGAUGCUGCUUCAGAGUUCAUGUUGUUGAUGAUGCAAGGAGUUUACGACUACACCCAAGGUCAGAUCCCACCAUACUUCGAGGUCAUCAAUGAACCAGAUUCUCAAUGGCAGAUCAUGAAUUUCACGACUGUCUCCAUUUUCCACAAGACAGUUGCUGAGAAACUCCAUGCCAGAUUUAACAUCAAAGUAUCUGGCCCUACACUCGAUGGAUAUACAGAGAUGUCAGACAUAAACAAUUUUUCGUACUGGAAACAGGUAGCAAGCUUCAUGGAUGUCACUUUAGACUAUUUAGACACGUUUUCCUUUCAUUCAUACAACACACUUGUUGUUUCGGGGAAAUCUCACCGAUUUACUGGUAUGAAUGAAGCGCGACUGGUAGCAUUUGUCGACCUUGUUGAAAACUACGCCAAUCAAAGGAAAGGAAAGAUUAUCCCUCUUGUUAUCAGUGAAUAUGGCCGUGGACCCGUGGAGGGAAUUGACAAAUAUGCUCCAUCUGGUAUAGUGGACUUUUCAACAAUAUACCAAGCAAAUGCCCAUAGAUUCACCCAACUAAGUCUUAGGGAAUACGUUGAGAGAGGAGUUGUGUUUCUUCUAUCCAAUGAACAAUCCCCAGGAGAUGCUAGUCUCAACUGGUCACUUUUUAAUCGUCAAGGGAAACCAACGCGUAUUGUGGACGCUUUUGAGUUUUGGUACAAUUUCACGACAGAGUACUCCUUCAUCAGAACCACCAGCCAAUGUGACGGGCAGGAACGCACAGUGUCACCGUUAGCAAUGUCCAGUCCCUUCAAUAAUGAAACCGUCAUUCUCCUUCAUAGCUAUUCUCAAAAGUCCCAGACCAUCAAGCUAACGUUCCAAGACGACUGGAUAACACCGACCACGGGAGAAGCUACUUGCAUCACAAUCAAGGACAACUGGAAUCCAAUCAUCACAUUCAACGAACCCUUCGACAUUCGGAAUACUCAGGGAAUGGUUGAACUUCCUCCCGAGGCAACGUGUCGCUUUACAUUCAAGACCCCUUCAGACCAACUGCCAAAAAUCACUCUCAAUGAAACCACAUACUACGGAGCUGAUAUGGUUAUACCGAUCAAGAAUAACAUUCCCGAAACAACCAUAUCUCUACCAAAUGGUGAAUUCCAAAAUGCAAAAUUGCGAGUUUCUACCAGUCUUCCCGUCAAUGAAACAAACAACUUAACAGCUGUUACCUUCAAUCUCCAGACUCUUGACUCUUUCUAUAAAUUGUAUGAUUCCGAAAAGUCUGACAAGAAGACCUGGUGGGAAGUUUGGGAGUUUGAUGUCCCUACCUCUUUGUUAACGACCACUAACACAGUCCGUGUUUACUUUUCCAACCAGGCUCUGGAGGGAUAUGUGUCUUCAGUGGCGCUUGUAACAGCGCAACUCAUCACAUCAAACGGAAAAUAUUAAAUAUCAUGAUGAAAUGACAGCAACUGGUAGUUUUAGUUUUAAUACCGAAAUAAUUCUGUAGAGUUAUUUACAUGACUGUACAUAUUGUAAAUGCCGUGGUUUAAUCAAACGUAAAACAAUAAGGUUUCAGCGUUUUAAAUUGACCUGUUGUAGUUAAAUAUUUUGUGUCUUGAAACUGUGUAUAACAAUUGAUAACAACGCGACCUGCUCUAGA